AUGGGCUAUCUCACAGCAACCAAUACCAAGCUUGAUCCUGAAUCAGAUGGACCCAAAGAGUUGCAUGUCCCUAACAAAGAAGUGAUGAAUGAAUGGGAAGUGCACGUGGUCAUGAAACAGAUGUCAAUCUUCAACAUUGGUGGAUCAAAGUCAGGCAAGAAAGCAGAAGAUUUCUACCAUGGCUUUGUGCUUGGCCUGUUAACUGAGGCAACCAAAUGA